AUGAAACCAAAAAAAGAACUGUUCACAUCAUUUUUAGCAUAUUUUGUAUGUACCUUUUUUUUUUUGGUGUCCAUUUGCUAUGGAUUCAUUGUUUCUAAUGGAGGUAACAGACUAGUACCCAAGAACGGCUGGGUAAAGCAAAGGAACCAUUAUGACAUUUUUAAAUCCAAGAGGUGUAAGAUAAACCUGAAAAAACAAAAAAAAUUAUAUUCAAUCAAAAUAACAAAUUCUCCAGGAAAUGAUAUACCGGACGAAUACUUCAAAUAUAAUCUUCCCCCAGAACCCAUCUAUCCGUACAUUACCAUUCCAGACAAUUUAUACACGAAAGGAAAAAAUGAUGAAGAAUGGAAUGAAGAAAAAGGCACAUUAGUGGGUAGAGUCAAAUCAGGAGAAGAAAAAGAUGUACAAAAAGAUGAUGGUAUAGGGAAAAUGACACUAGAGGAAUUAGAAAAAUUGGAUAAAGAAAGAUUAUCAAAAGCAAAAGCGUUACCUGAUCCAACUAUUGAUGAUUACAUUGAAGAUGUGGAUUGUAAGAAAUAUAUCCAUCCUUCUUUAAUUAAAAAAAUCCCUUCAAAUGAUAAAGACAAAAUACAUCAUUCUAUAUUAUCUGUUACAAAUCCUAAUAAUGAAUAUUCCAUUAUAGACUGUUUUUAUGAAAAUGAUGAAGAAAAUGAUCUUACAGAAUAUGAUGCAUCAUUUAGAGGUAUAGGACCUUGGCCAUCCAUUGACGAAUUGAAAAAGAAUCAAGAUAAUUACCAAUUUGAGAAAACAGAUUUGGAGUUAGAAUACAACAUAACUUAUGACAAAACUGGGUAUCGAGAAUUUAGACGUAAAUUGUUGGACGAACAAUUGAAUAAAUCAAAUCAGAAUGACAUGAGAGAAGAAGAGAACAUAAAUGAAUCCACCCAAUCUGUUGCUACUACAUCAAAUGCAAAAACAAGCAACCCUGAACCAAUCGAACCAGGUUUGAAUAAGUCAGACAAUGUAUCUGUAGAAGAUAUAAGAAAAUUGUACUUCAAAAAAAACAUCAAAACUGUGAGGGAAGCAAAGGAAGAAAUGAUUAAAUGGGAAGAAAGAAAAGGGCAUUCAAGGAACAAAUGGAUUUUGACAGAAGAAGAGUUGAACUUACUUCCUGAAGAGUUCAGAAAAUUGUAUCUGCAAAAACGAAAGGAGAGGUUGGAUCAGUUGAAGCAGAUUGAGAAGAGGAAAAACGAGGAAUAUAAGAGGUUGCACCCUGACAUAUCUGAGUUCGAUGGUGGCAACUCCACUGAUGAAAGGACCUGUCAACCCGGGACAGAACAUUCAAGCAGCAGGUUGAGCGGCAGGUUGAGUGACGAGUUAGAGGGCGAUGGAGACAAAUUGUCUGAGGGAGAAGUGGAGAACCAAACUAAAAAUAUUGAAUUGGAUAAGGGAGAUGCAUAUAAUAAAUACAGUUUAGAAAAUUUCAGAUUACUAGAGGAAAAUGUGCUAUACACAAAGGCAGUAUCACCAAUAGACAAGAUGCUGUACGAGUGGGACGACCCUCUUAAUUGCAAAUGGAGAAAAAGAACAGAAGAAGUAAUACGAGAUGUAAUAAUGUAUGAUUAUCCAAUGAAAGAAGUGAGAAGACCAUCCAAUUUGGAUCUGUAUGAUGUGACAUGGUAUGCUGGGAAGGUAGAAGUAUUUGUUACUCCUGAUGAAACCCAAGGAAAAAAUUACAAAAUAACAUUAUUUGAUUUGAAACAAUUAGUUAAAAAAAUUGCAGAAAGAUUAAAAGAAAUAGAAAUAGAUGAAGAAAUUGUCAUAUUGCCAUACUUUGAACUUGUAGUCUCAUCUCUCCCUAGUCAAAAUAUACUUGUGUGUCGAAGAGAUUGGUGUAAUAACUCAGGAAAAGAAGUUACUGUUUUUUUUAAAGACAACAUGUUUCCACCAUUACAAGGUAUAUUGCUUGGAUCUCCAAGUGCUUUUCAUUUAAUUCUCAAUUUAAAUUAUCAAAAAAUUGAAAACAUAGAUGUACACACCAUUGAUAAAGUGAUUCUAAGGAGUGAUAGCCAAGACAAACUUCGUGAACACAUUGUUCUCAAGGCUGCAAUGGAUAGCAAAAAUGGCGGUGAAGCACGUGCUGGGACAGGGAAAGUGGACGAACCAGGUCAUGGAGAUGAUGCAGACGAGAUGGGUGUAGACCAAAUGCAUGAUGAAGAUAGACAUGCAAUAGUCCCCGAAUUUUCCCAACAACAUGAGAGUGACAAUUAUGACAAGGGGCAAGACAUGAGGAGGACAGGAUUGGAUGAACUACAAAAGUUAAAAGACCUUGACUAUUCUGGCAAGGUUAAAAACACCAAUAAUAUCAUUGAUCUUCAUAAAGGUGAAACCAAUGUGAAUGUCAACAUGGGUGAUCUUAUCCCAGUUAGUGGAAUUAAACAAUUGGACAAUGACUAUAGAACCAGCAUGAAAAAGGAACCUCUUGAAGAAAUUCAAGAAGAAGAGGAGGAAGAAGAAGAUGAUGAUGGUGACGACGAACAGUAUGAUGACAUUGCAAAUGAUGAUCUCUUUAGAAGUGAUGGUGAUGAUUACAUUUCUGAGGAAUGA